GAAAGUAUGAACGUCGUUUUUACAGUUUAUCUAUGCAAAAGUCAACCGUCAACGUUCUUCUGACGUUUAGCAGUAUACAAUAUACUGUGAAGGUUAAACUCAAAAGAGAUGGCGAAGUCAAAGAAUCAUACAAAUCAUAAUCAAAAUCGUAAAGCCCAUCGUAAUGGAAUUAAAAAACCUAAACGAUUCCGUCAUGAAUCUACUUUAGGGAUGGAUGCCAAAUUCCUUAAAAACCAAAGAUUUUCCAAAAGGCAUAAUUUAAGCACAAAACAACAACUUAAACGUGCAGCGGAAAGAAAAGCAGAGCAUGAAAGUAAAGGAAAAUAAAUGUUGUUUGACUUUUUUCUAAUAAAGAUCUUAUGAAAUA